CACCCUGCCCUGUCCCGCGAGUCCGCGUCCAGCAUAGUCACAAUCACCCCCAAGACAGACUCGUGGCCUUCAAAGUUGCCGUCGCAGCCUUCAGUCGCCUCGACGGCAACAUCAUCCGCCGUGCCUUCACCACUGCCAUCGCGCGACCCCUCCCCGACCAGGCCGCUUUCGCGGACGAACACCUCGAGGGCCUCCUCCGCAAACCCCGGCACGAGGUCACGCAAAAACAGCCACCAAGACCUUAGUCCGGCUCGGCAUGCAAAGCCAAAUACUCCGGCCCUACCGUCCUCGUCGAGGAUCCUUUCGUCGGCUACCACGCCGGCUCUCCUUCCUGCCGCUUCGGAUCCUAACAUCGCGGCGCCUGUACCUGUCAAGUCGCCAACAGCAUUAGAACAUCUUAGAGAAUCGCCCCGGUGGCCAGUCUCGCCUAGGUUGCGGUCUCCACCACCGAUUCUCAACAAGCCUAACCUUGGGCCGCCGCGGAGAGGGGAGCAGGAGUCGCCGUUGCCACCCUUGAUCAACCUCCAACGUGCGACGCCCCCGCAGCCGCCAUUACACCCAGAUCCCCAGUCAGACACAGAAGCCGAGGAAUCCGUCCCGUCUGGAGUGAGAACCCCCGCGCGCGGGCCGCCGAGUUCGUCAACGUUGGAGACAGUCCAGGAGGCGAGCCCGCUGUCCUCGCCCCGGAACCGCGAAGAUUCAAUGGAGGAAAAGUUGGACGAUAGCUUUAUCUCGGAAACCUCGCAGACCGAUGUCGUCGAUCCGGCCUUCUCCAAGAACCUGCUGGGCAAGGCAAAUCUGGCCACGCAGGAGAGCGGCAGCGAGGCCGGUAGCAUCAAAGCCGAGCGGCGGACUGGACCUACCAGCGCACCGUCCCUAACAACAAGGCAAUCUAGCGCAUCCGUCAGGCCCGGCGCGGGGAAGGGAAAGGCCGGCGAGGUCUCCCUGCAGAGCAUGACGGUGGAAACUGAGACGGUAACAUCGGUGCCGCAAGCGGCUCUUGCGCCCGGGGCCGGGGCGCCGGGGUCGAACGGAAGUUUGCGCACCAAGCCCAGCACAGAGACGAUUCGGCCAAAGAAGGAGAAGAAGAAACCGGCACGGAAACAGCCCGCCGUUGCCGCUGGCACUGGUGAGCCGCCGAAUUCAGUUGUUAUCCCUAGUUUGCGACAUCAUCAGUCCGACAGAUCAGUGUCGUCGGCUGCCGAUUUGUGUAUUUCUCCAGCAAAGUACUAUGGACACCUCGAAGUCUCGACGAGUCCCAGGGCUCUUUCGCCAGGCUUCCGGAGGUCGAGUUUGGUUGCAAAUCCCAUGAGCACGUUACUAACUAAGCUUCGUCCAGCGUCAUCCAAGGCCGACAUCUUUGAGGCCAAGGUGGCGAGCGCCGUGGAGGAGGCUAACUCUUCAGACUCGGAAGAAACGUUUGUCUACGACUCUAACCCGCCCGAUGCGCGUGAACGUCCCCACAGGUUUCAUUCCCGAACACCAAGCGCAACGUCAAUGGCAAGCCAGGUUGACCGCAACGGCAUGCGCUCGAUCCAUGCAGUGAUGGAGAGUACCGUUCCCACGAUGGCGGUCAAGAAGAGCAUGAAGUUCGUGAACUCGUACAAUAGCAACGCUAAUGAAAGUGCGGUUGGCGAGGACGACGGCAAAGGGACAGGAAGGAGCAACACGGCUGGCUCUGCUCGAGGGACUGCCCGCCAUCAUCACCACUUCGGGCGAUGGGGUCGAAACGGGAGCGGGAAUAGCCACCCAUCACUCUUUACGGACCCGUCUCCGUUCAGCGCCUCACAGUCGGUGGGGAGUAACACCGCGCGGCAACCAUCUGGGCCGCCCAGCCCUCGCUUCAACGGGCGUGCUGCCAUUGCUAAUGGCAAGCGGGGAAUACACCUGUCCGCCGGCUACGAUCUCGACGAUACUACCACGGGCGCCGAUGAUGAGACAACGCCUCUUAUCCCGUCGGGAACGAUGCGGUCGGGGAGGUCGGCGAGAGGCCGUAGAGGCAUGCAUAACUUGCGGUCCAUGGAAUCGCAGUCCUAUCGCCCGCAGCCCUCUUUCCUGAAUCGCUUCGCGAGCUGCCUUGUCUUGACAGUAAUGUUGCUACUCGUCGUUUCGGGAGCAAUAGGGUUCAUGUUUGCAACGUCACAGCCCCUCAUGAAUAUCAAGCUGGUGGGAAUGGAUCACGUCGUCGUCAGCUCGGAGGAGCUGAUGCUUGAUUUGACAAUCAGGGCGCACAACCCCAAUGUCGUGGUGGUGGUGGUGGAUUCGGCGAAUAUCGAAGUGUUUGCGAAGUCCCCCCACGCCGGUACCGAUUCGGAAUGGUAUCGCACACACCCCGGCGAAAUAAAAACCCCCAGGAAGCCGAGCAUGUCGAGACGAGCCAUUGGUACUCUAGAUGAUUCCGCAGACGAUCCGCCGCCGAGCGACUCGGCACCAAACAUGAAACUCGGUACAAUCACAGGCUUUGGAAGCCCACUCACAUUUGAGGGGUCGUUCUUCCACUCGGGACCUUCAUACUCAACAGGCGAGGUCCGCCUCCAUAACCCAGGCAAUGGGACGGUCGGUGGGCCUGAGCGCUGGGAGCGGAUCAUGGGGGAUGAAUUCCAGCUCAUCGUAAAGGGCUACAUCAAGUACACGCUCCCUCUGAGCCAGCGCGUGCGUUCACAAAUUAUCGAGGGCAACAUGAAAAUAAAGCCCAACGCGGCAAACGAUCCGAGUCUUCGUCCAAAUACGACGACCGGA